AUGAUAUAUACGAUCAAUGGUGCAGUGGGUUUGGACCGGUGGGGACACGUCGUUUUUCAACACCAUAACGUGGAUCAAUCUCGUUUCCAUCGGCUGAGGGCUCCGAUUGUGGUUGCAUGUGGUGGUGAUCACCCCGUGAAGAUUUUGAUCUUUGGUGUUGUUGGCGAUGAUAGGGACGGUGAUGAUGAUGAUAAUGAUGAUGAUGAGAAUAGGAGUUUAUGGUGUGGCUGCUGCUGCCGAUGA